AAUGGAAGGACCAACACCACAACCUGCCCUUGUUGACGUGGACAAGGGGCUAACAUUAGCAUGCUUCGUCUUCCUUUGCCUCUUCCUGAUAGUCAUGAUUAUCCGUUGUGCCAAAGUCAUCAUGGACCCUUACAGUGCCAUCCCAACAUCCACAUGGGAGGAGCAACACCUGGAUGACUGACAGGAUAGGUAGGGGAACAGGAGGGGAAGAAGGAUGAA